CCUGUGCGCCCAGGGCUGCCGCCAUUCGCCUGCCAGCUCCAAGCAACGCCGCCGACCAUUCGUGUGUGCAGCGGAACUGUGGCGCCAACGGCAAGUGCGUCAAGAACAGUGCUGGAGCGGCGUCCUGCGUGUGUGACACUGGCUACGUGCUGCAGGCGGAUGGCAGGACGUGCACUGAUGUGUGUACCAUCAAGAACUGCCAGGGCGCUGAUGCCAAUUCCACUUGUGUGGCGGCUGGGAACCUUGCGACCUGCGUGUGCGAGACUGGAUACGCCAUGGCAGCAACAGGCAAAUGCACUGACACCUGCGAGGUUCAGAACUGUGGCGUCAACGGCAAGUGCAACAAGGACACCACUACUGGAGCGGCGUCCUGCGUGUGCGACACUGGCUACGCGCUGCAGGCGGAUGGCAAGACGUGCACUGAUGUGUGUACCAUCAAGAACUGCGAAGGCUCUGAUGCCAAUUCCUACUGUGAGAAGGAAGGGAACCUUGCGACCUGCGUGUGCAAGACUGGAUACGCCAUGGCAGCAACAGGCAAAUGCACUG